CUCCUUCCUUCCGGCUCCGCUCUGUUCGGCGCCCGCCUCCUCUCUAUGGUUCCCCUCCCGCUCCCGGCUUUCCUUUACCCAGCGUGCACUGCGCCGGAAGAGAGUGACGACAACAACAAACAGCGGCAGCGGCUGCGCCAGGAGGACGGUGGCGGGGCUCGAGCGGUGCCCAGAGUCCCUCAACCGCCUCCCUCGGGUCUGGCGCUUUCCCAGGCCCCCUCAGGGAGCCCCCGACCGCGCUCUUCUGGGUGCGUCCGGAGCCCAUGGGCCGGACCCAGCCGCAGUGAGGAGCCGCUGUUGCCGGUCACCGCAGGAUGGUGCGCGGGGCCGCCUCGUCGCUGUGGGUCUUUUACUCAUUUUGAACACUCAUUCCAUUCUGUUGCCAAAUCAACUGAAGCAAAUGUGCACCUUAUUAUCCUGCUGUGUUUUAAAGAAGGUGGUAGCUCUGUAUAGCUCCUGAAGUUUCUAAAUGAUACUACCAAAGUGGAAGGUAUAAACUUCAGGAACACAAAGAAAUCAUCAUGAAGUUAUAUGUAUUUGUGGUCAACACUGGAACUACCCUCACCUUUGACACAGAACUUGCGGUACAGAAUGUGUCCGACCUUAAACAUGCAAUCCAAACCAAGUAUAAGAUUGCCAUUCAGCACCAGGUACUGGUUGUCAAUGGAGGGGAGUGUAUGGCAGCAGACAGAAGAGUCUGUAGUUACAGUGCUGGAACAGACACAAACCCAAUUUUCCUGUUCAACAAAGAGAUGAUCUUAUGUGAACGCCCACCAGCUAUUCCCAAAACCACAUUUUCAGCAGAGAAUGAGAUGGAAUUAAAAGUUGAAGAAUCUCUCAUGAUGCCUGCAGUUUUUCACACGGUAGCUUCGCGGACACAGCUUGCUGUGGAAAUGUAUGAGGUUGCAAAGAAGCUUUGUUCCUUUUGUGAAGGUCUGGUCCAUGAUGAACAUCUUCAGCACCAAGGCUGGGCCGCCAUAAUGGCCAAUUUGGAAGAUUGCACAUAUUCUUAUCAAAAGCUGCUUUUCAAGUUUGAAAAUGCAUAUUCAAACUAUCUGCAGUCCAUAGAUGAUAUUAAGCUGAAACUCACACACUUGGGGACAGCUGUUUCUGUAAUGUCCAAGAUCCCACUGCUGGAGUGCCUAACCAGACAUAGUUACAGAGAGUGUUUAGGAAGAUUGGAUUCUUCUGUUGGGCAUGGAGGGGCAGAAAGUGAAGAAACUGAAGAUGAGAAGUCUGCUGAACUGGUGCUUUCUUCUGAUAUACCUAGAGUGCACAAUAAAUCACUUUUAGCCUCAUUUUGCAAGUCUGUGGAGCAUUCAGCCCUGGACAGCACAGAUCCAGGAAAUGUCAAAGAAAAUAGGGAAUCCAGUCAAAACACUACUAUUGAGGAGAGUAAAACUUCAGAGGAGCUUAACGAGAAUGAUCUGCCUUCCUUCAAUGUCUCUCUGUUGGACUGGAUAAAUGUUCAAGAUAGACCUAAUGAUGUGGAAUCAUUAGUCAGAAAAUGUUUUGAUUCUAUGAGCAGACUUGAUCCAAAGAUCAUUCAGCCCUUUUUGGUAGAAUGUCGACAAACUAUUGCCAAACUAGAUAAUCAAAACAUGAAGGCGAUUAAAGGGCUUGAGGACAGGCUUUAUGCGUUGGACCAGAUGAUAGCUAGCUGCAGCAGACUAGUAAAUGAACAAAAAGACCUUGCUCAGGGAUUUUUGGCUAAUCAGAAGAGAGCUGAGAACUUGAAAGAUCCUUCUGUGCUACCUGAUUUGUGUUUGAGUCAUGCAAAUCAGCUGAUGAUUAUGUUAACUAAUCACAGGAAACUGUUAGAUAUUAAGCAGAAAUGUACCACUGCCAAACAAGAGCUUGCAAAUAAUCUACAAGUCAGACUAAAAUGGUGUUGCUUUGUGAUGCUUCAUGCGGACCAAGAUGGAGAGAAACUGCAAGCCUUGUUUCGCCUUGUAACAGAGCUGCUAGAAAGAGUCAAGAUUGUAGAGGCUCUCAGUACUGUUCCUCAAAUGUACUGUUUAGCUGUUGUUGAGGUUGUAAGGAGAAAAAUGUUUAUAAAACACUACAGGGAGUGGGCUGGUGCUUUAAUAAAAGAUGGGAAACAUCUAUAUGAAGCUGAAAAGGCAAAAAGGGAAUCUUUUGGGAAAUUGUUUAGGAAGUCUUUUUUAAGGAAUCGUUUGUUUAGGGGACUUGACUCUUGGCCUCCAUCCUUUUGUACACGAAAGCCUCGCAGGUUUGACAGUGAACUUCCAGAUAUCUCAUUAACUGACUUGCAGUUUCUGCAGUCUUUUUGUCCUUCAGAAGUGCAACCAUUACUCAGGGUUCCCAUACUUUGUGACUUUGAACCUCUUCACCAGCAUGUAAUUGCUCUACAUAACCUGGUAAAAGCAGCACAAAGUUUGGAUGAAAUGUCGCAGACCAUUACAGACCUGCUGAAUGAGCAAAAGAUCUCCAAUAGUCAAGCAUCACCACAAUCUGCUACUACACCAAGGAUGGAAAGUGCUAAAGGAACCACAAUUGCUACCUCUUCUAGAACUCCUCCAUCACUCAGUCUUCAGGGUCCCUUGUGUCCUCCUGUGUGUCCCCCAGCUCCAUUAGAUGAAUUGUCUCCAGACAGCAUUGAUGCUCAUACAUUUGAUUUUGAAACAAUCGCUCAUCCAAACUUAGAGCAAGCCCUUAAGCAAGGGUCUUUGGACUUGGAUUCACUAGCAGAAAGUCCAGAGUCGGACUUUAUGUCAGCAGUGAAUGAGUUUGUAAUAGAGGAAAAUCCAUCAUCUCCUCAUAUAGUAAGUGAUCCACAAAGUCCAGAAAUGAUGGUGGAAUCCCUCUAUUCUUCAGUUAUCAAUGCAAUAGACAGUAGACGUAUGCAAGACACAAAUAUUUGUGUAAAGGAGGACUCUCUAAAUGUUCGCAUGGAGAAGUGUAGAGUUGUUGCCCAGGAAUCACAGUUUAAUUUAAGAAACAUAAAAGAAGACCUUUGUCACUUUAGAACAUUUGUACAAAAAGAACAGUGUGACUUUUCAAAUUCUUUAAAAUGUACAUCAGUAGAAAUAAGGAAUAUUAUACAAAAAGUAAAACUUUCACUUGAAAAAACACUGAAAGAUAAACAUCAAAAAGAAUUGCAAUCUUUGAAAAGUGAGUAUGAAACUAGAAUUGAUACAUUGCUAGGAGAUGUUGAAGAAAACAAAAAAAAGAUUAAAAAGUUAACGGGAGACUUAAUAGGUCUUGAAGAAGUUUUGCAAAAUAAAGAUAAUGAAUUCGCGAUGGUGAAGAAUGAAAAAGAAGCCGUUGUUUGUCUGCAGAAUGAGAAAGAGCGAAAAUUACUUGCAUUGGAAGGCCAAAUGAAGAAUCAGAAUUGUGAAAUUAAAGAACUGAGACAGUCACGUGAGAUGGUAUUGGAAGAUUUGAAAAAGCUUCGUAUUGAAAAUGAUGAAAAAAUUCAUCUUUUGAGGGCAGAGCUUCAGAGUUUGGAGCAAAGUCACCUUAAAGAAUUGGAAAACAAUCUACAAAUCAGGCAUACUCAGGAAUUUGAGAAACUAAUAGCUGAGCACAAGGAUUGUUUAGAUAAGUUAGAAAAAGAAAACCAGCAGAGAUUCGAACAAAUGCAGGAAUCUCAUGCAGCAGUUGUCCAAGAUAAGGAGCAACAGAUAGAGGAGUUAAAACUCAAAGUUUCUGAUCUGUUUGACUUGAGGUGCAAAUUAGAAGUUGAACUUGCACUGAAGGAAACAGAAACCGAUGAAAUGAAGAUGUUGUUGGAAGAAAGCAGAACUCAGCAACAGGAGAUCCUAAAGUCCUUUAUUGAUAAGGAAACUGAAAAUUUAAAAAAGGAGUUAGAUAACUUAAACCAUAAGAUACAAGUUAAUAAUGAUGAAUAUCAAGUGGGCCUAGUAGAGCUAAGAACUUUAAUGACAAUUGAGAAAGAUCAGUGCAUUUCAGAAUUAGUGGACAGACAUGAAGAAGAAACAAAUGUACUUAAAAUUGAAUUAAACAAAGUAACUUCUUUACAUCAAAAAGCUUUUGAAGUAGAAAAAAGUCUCAAAGAACAAAUAAUAGAACUACAGAGUAAAUUAGAAGUGGAAGCGAAUGCCCUAGAAAAGCAAAAAGAGGAAAAAUUGGCUGUGUCUGAACAGAAGGACAAAUUUGAACGUGUUAUUCAUAAUCUUGAGGAGGAAAAAGAACUGUUAAUAACUAACCAAGAACAGGAAAGAAAACUACUUGUUCAAAGGCUCAAUAUUGAAAAAGAGGAUGCAUUACGAAUGACCCUUAAGGAGUUUGAAUUACAGAGGAAAGCUGUUGAAAAAGAACUCUUGGAAAAAAUACAACUACUUGAGAUGCAAGUAAAUCAGAGUCCUUCCAUUGAAUUAUCUGCUGCAUCAAGCUUGGUUAUUGAGCUUCAAGAAAAACUUGAGGAAGAGAAAAUAAAAUUUCUGGAGCAACUUGAAGAGCAAGAGAAAAGAAAGAAUGAAGAAAUGCAAAACUUUAGAAUGUCUCUGACUGCAGAACAGCAGACCAAUUUUAACACCGUGCUGACAAGAGAAAAAAUGAAGAAAGAAAACAUAAUAAACGAACUUAGUGACAAAUUAAAAACAAUAACCCAACAGCAAGAAAGGGAUAAGGAUUUGAUUGAAACACUUUCUGAAGAUCGUGCUCGAUUACUGGAAGAGAAGAAAAAACUUGAAGAAGAUGUGAAUAAGAUGAGAAGCAGUAAUUUUAUUCCAUCAGCAUAUUUACCUACAUCUUCAGAAUCUUGUGGAGCCUGUGCACCUGAUCUCCCAGCUGAAACAGAGAGAGUGGCUUCAGAGAUUACAGAUGAAGGAAGGCUGGAUUCAGCAAUGGAAACUAGCAUGAUGGCUGUGCAUGAAAACAUCCAUAUGUUGUCUGAAGAAAAACAGAGGAUAAUGUUGUUAGAAAGAACACUACAACUUAAAGAAGAGGAAAAUAAGCGAUUAAAUCAAAGAUUGAUGUCCCAAAGCAUGUCUUCAGUGUCUUCAAGACAUUCUGAAAAAAUAGCUAUCCGAGAUUUUCAGGUUGGCGAUUUGGUUCUCAUUAUCUUGGACGAACGUCAUGACAACUAUGUAUUAUUUACUGUCAGUCCAACAUUAUAUUUCUUACAUUCAGAGUCUCUUGCUGCGCUGGAUCUGAAGCCAGGUGAGUGUGCUUCAGGUGCAUCUAGAAGACCUUGGGUGCUAGGAAAAGUAAUGGAAAAGGAAUAUUGCCAGGCAAAAAAGGCACAAAACAGAUUUAAAGUUCCUUUAGGUACAAAGUUCUACAGAGUGAAAGCAGUGCCGUGGAACAAAAAAGUAUAACACAGUGGGAACUCUGUUCAUUCUGUCUCAUUCUUUUCUGGAUUGUCCUUCAGUGCUCAUUCAUCGCUCCAAGUAGAAGGCCAUCUUUUUAUACUGAGGUCAUGUGACAAUAUGCUUCACAGAUAUACUACUUUUAAUUUUUAAUGGGUUACAUUUUAGAAACAAGAAUUUCAUUAAAAUCCCUGGUCCUAUAACUGUUCUAAUUUUUUUACCCAGAUAACUUUAGGAGUGUGGACCAAAGGAGUUCAUUUUCUCAAAGGGCAAACCUUGUGCAUCAUGGCUUAUUAUUAGCCAUGUUAAAUGCCUGUUAAAUAAAUUAGCUUGUAUUUAGAUGUUAAAUGUUAGUUACCAUUAUUACCAGCAUAUGUCCUUUUGUGAAAUCAUUUAAAUACUUGCACUCUUUAACAGAUUCUUUAUAAUAUGUAUAAAUUCAUCAACUAUUUAAAAAGGAGUGUUCAUUGCAUGCCAAUAAUCAUAAUUUUUCUUCAACAUGAGUUUGCCUCAGUAGAUGAAUAAAGAUAACUGCUGCAUCUUCUUUCAUUACAUUAAAAUGCCCUAUAAUGUUUAAAAAAACAACCUUGUAAUUUGAUGGGCUGAUCUGAAAAUCAGUCACAGAUAAAUCUGCAAUCUUCAAAAGCACUUUUGAUGGAUUGAUCACAUAGAUUCUGAAGGGAAGAAUCCCUGUGCUGUUAGAUUUAAAGUGAAGCACUUGAACCUUCCCAACAACACAGAACUCUUUUAUUAAUCUAUUUAGAAAAAUCAUAUUGAUGAAAAUUGUAUUUCAUGGUUGAGUUUCAGGAAAAAACUCAUUGUACAUUAACCAUACAAGAGUCAUUUAAGUAACAAAUUAUUGUAAUUGUAAAAGACAUGUAGACUUUUAAAACAAUAAAGAUUUGAACCUGAAAA